ACCCAUCAGCCCAUGACAUUCUAAAAGUCAUGUCCCUUGAGUCAGACUUGUUCAGGGAUGUGGCCAUAGUCUUCUCCCAAGAAGAAUGGGAACAGCUUGCACCCACUCAGAGGGAUUUGUACAGAGACGUGAUGUUGGAGACCUAUAGCAACCUGGUCUCACUGGGUCUUGCCAUCGCCAAACCUGAUGUGAUCUCCUUCCUGGAGCAAGGCAAAGAGCCCUGGGUGGUAGAGAAAAUGUCCAGAGGAGGCCUGUGUCCAGUGCUGGAGUCCAGGUAUGAUACCAAGGUAUCCUCUCCAGAGCAGCAUAUUUAUGAAAUACAGUCGCCACAGUGGGAGAUAAUGGAAAGCCUCACAAGUUACGGUCUUGAGUGCUCAAGGUUCCAAGAUGACUGGGAAUAUAGAAGCCAGUUGGACAAACAACAGGGAAAUCCAGAUGGACAUUUGAGUCAAAUGAUAAUCAAUCAUGAAGAAAUAGCCACUUUAAACCAACAAGGAUCAUUUCCUUUUUAUCAGAAAACUCAUCGUGGAGAAAAACCCUAUGAAUAUAACGAAUGUAGAAAAGACUUCUGGCAGGAGGACUUCCUUAUUAAUCAUCAAGGAAUUCAUGCUAAUGAGAAACCCUAUAAAUGUAAGGAAUGUGGCAAGGCCUUUAAGUAUGGCUCACGACUAAUUCAACAUGAGAAUAUUCAUUCUGGCAAGAAACCCUAUGAAUGUAACGAAUGUGGAAAGGCCUUCAAUUCUGGUUCAAAUUUCAUACAACAUCAGAGGGUUCAUACUGGUGAGAAACCUUAUGAAUGUAAGGAUUGUGCAAAGGCCUUUAGUCGAAGUUCACAGCUGAUUGAACAUCAACGAAUUCAUACUGCUGAGAAACCCUAUCAAUGUAAGGAAUGUGGCAAGGCCUUCAAUAGGAUCUCACAUCUUAAAGUACAUUAUAGAAUUCAUACUGGUGAAAAACCCUAUGCAUGCAAGGAAUGUGGGAAGACCUUUAGUCAUCGGUCUCAGUUGAUUCAACAUCAGACUAUUCAUACGGGCAAGAAACUCUAUGAAUGUAAGGAAUGUGGGAAGGCCUUUAAUCAAGGCUCAACUCUUAUUAGACAUCAGAGAAUCCAUACUGGUGAGAAACCCUAUGAAUGCAAGGCAUGUGGGAAGGCCUUUAGGGUGAGCUCACAACUUAAGCAACAUCAGAGAAUUCACACUGGAGAGAAACCCUACCAAUGUAGGGUUUGCGGUAGGGCUUUCAAACGGGUCUCACAUCUUACUGUACAUUAUAGAAUUCAUACAGGUGAGAAACCAUAUGAAUGUAAGGAAUGUCGAAAGGCCUUCAGUCAUUGCUCACAACUGAUUCAGCAUCAGAAAAUUCAUACUGGUGAAAAGCCCUAUGUAUGUAAGGAAUGUGGGAAAGCCUUUAGUCAGUGUUCACAACUUACUCAACGUCAGAGAAUCCACACAGGAGAGAGACCCUAUAAAUGUGAUGAAUGUUGUAAAACUUUCAAUCAGAGGGCACAUCUUAACCAGCAUGAGAGAAUUCACACAGGUGAGAGACCGUAUGAAUGUAAGGAAUGUAGGAAAACCUUCAGCCAGAUGACUCCUCAGCAUCACAGUACAUAUACUCGAGAAAAGUCCCAUGAGUGCAGCAAAUGUGGAAAGGCCUUUAACCGUUCCUCAGCUCUGAUGGCUCACCGGAGAAUUCAUAGUGGGGAAAAACCCUACAAAUAUAAGGACUGUGGCAGGGCCUUCACUCAAAGUGCACAGCUCAUUAGACAUCAGGAAAUUCACUCCAGAGAAACCUACAAAUGUAGUAAGUGUAAGAAGUCCUUCAUACGUCUCUCUUCCCUGAUUGAGCAUCAGACAGUUCACACUGGAGGAAAACCGUAUCAGUGUACGGACUGCAAAAAGACCUUUUGCCGAAUCAUGCAACUUACCCUACACAGGAGAAUUCACCCUGGGGAGAAACCCUAUGAAUGUAAGGAAUGUGGAAGAGCCUUUACCUGUACAUCCCAUUUCGUCAUUCAGAGGAGGAGUCAUAGAGGGGAAAGACCUUACGAACGUCACAUGUGCGGGAAAACUAGUAACCACUCUUCACUUGUCACGCACGAUAGGACACAUAGUGGAGUGAAGCCCUCUGAUUGCCCUGAAUGUGGGCCGUCCUUUAGAUGCAGAUCACAGCUUACUCGACAUCAGCGAAUUCAUAUCAAGGAAUAUUAACGAAAGCUAACUGGACUUGGAAAUGUGAAUAUUCUAGUUAUUUAACAAUCAGUCAAGAUCUUGGUAACAAGUAGCAUAAAUGAUGCUGAUUCUCUUAAAAAGCAGUUUAUUCAAUGUCUCAAGUUCUCAUUGUAUGGAUGGAAUAGCAAUGAACCCACUUCUGAAAAUGGAGAGGAACAAAGGAAAUCUGAUUGAAGAGCAGAAAGUGAAACCACUACCCCAUGGCCUGGGCAGCUCUGGCCUCCUGCUCCCCCACAAAGGCCGGCACCGUGCCAUCAGGAAAGAGCAGUAGUUCUCUACAAAUGCUUGUGUCCUGACUCCCAAAGAGUAGGCAGGGAGAUCAUUUCUUGGCUUUUGCUUCUAUCCUAACAAGAAAGACACUGUAUUACCUUCAGAUGAAGUGGGGAGGUCCCCUCAAAUGGGAGAACGUUAGACAUCACCCAACAUGAAAGAACAAGCAGCUACUGCUUGAGGCUUUGCAUCCUAAAAAUGGCUUCCAAAUAUGGUUCCAAAUGUACGUUCGGAUUACCUGACCAUGGUGUCACCUGAAUUUUCUCCCACACU